CAGAACACAGAAAGCCUGAGUCAGGCGGUGGCUAUUAAAGCCCUGGGUCGAGCAGGGACAGGCACUUCCAGAAUGAGGCUUCCUGGCUGGUACUGGCUGAGCUUGGCGGUCCUGGCUGCCUGUGGAGCGGCCCAGGCGCACAACCUGACCGAGGGGCUGGAGGAUGUGAGCACCCAGUCCGCCUGCCCCGCAAGGCUGGAGGGCAGCGGGAAGUGCGAGGGCAGCCAGUGCCCCUUCCAGCUCACCCUGCCCACACUGACCCUCCAGCUCCCGCGGCAGCUUAGCAGCUUGGAGGAGGUGCUCAAAGAAGUGCGGACCCUCAAGGAAGCCGUGGACAGUUUGAAGAAAUCCUGCCAGGACUGCAAGUUGCAGGCUGACGACCAUGGAGAACCAGGCGGGAAUGGGGCAGGGAUGGCCACAGACAACCGAGUCCAGGAACUGGAGAGUCAGGUGAACAAGCUAUCUUCGGAGCUCAAGAAUGCAAAGGACGAGAUCCAGGGGCUGCAGGGGCGCCUGGAGACGCUACAUCUUGUAAAUAUGAACAACAUCGAGAACUAUGUAGACGACAGAGUGGCAAAUCUAACGUUUGUGGUCAACAGUUUGGACGGCAAAUGUUCCAAGUGUCCCAGCCAAGAAUACACCCAGCCACAGCCCGUGCAACAUCUAAUAUACAAAGAUUGUUCUGACUACUAUGUAAUAGGAAAAAGAAGCAGCGAGAUCUACAGAGUUACACCGGAUCCCAGAAAUAGUAGCUUUGAGGUAUACUGUGACAUGGAGACCAUGGGGGGAGGCUGGACGGUGCUUCAGUCUCGCCUUGAUGGAAGUACCAACUUCACCAGAGACUGGAAAGACUACAAAGCAGGCUUUGGAAACCUUGAACGAGAAUUUUGGCUGGGUAAUGAUAAAAUUCAUCUGCUGACCAAGAGUAAGGAAAUGAUUUUGAGAAUAGAUCUUGAGGACUUUAAUGGUGUCACACUGUAUGCCUUGUACGAUCAGUUUUACGUGGCUAAUGAAUUUCUCAAAUAUCGAUUGCAUAUCGGUAACUAUAAUGGCACAGCAGGAGAUGCCUUACGUUUCAAUAAACAUUACAACCAUGAUCUGAAGUUUUUCACCACCCCUGACAGAGACAAUGACCGGUACCCCUCUGGGAACUGCGGGCUCUACUACAGCUCAGGCUGGUGGUUUGAUGCAUGUCUCUCUGCAAACUUAAAUGGCAAAUAUUAUCACCAGAAAUACAAAGGUGUCCGCAAUGGGAUUUUCUGGGGCACCUGGCCAGGCAUAAGCCAGGCACAGCCUGGUGGCUAUAAGUCCUCCUUUAAGCAGGCCAAGAUGAUGGUUAGACCCAAGAAUUUCAAGCCGUAAAUUGUUACUGUUCAUCUCUGCAGGCACUGCAGUUCUUUCUGCCCUUUACCAUAUAUUCCUUUCCUGUGGCUAAAACAUUCCCUUUUAAUCUCACAGCUUUUGAAACAAAGCUAAAAAUAUCUAAAAAGACUAAUGUGUUGCUGCUAUACAAAGAAUGCUUGUAAGCUCUGGAGAUAUUAACAAUUAUAUGUUCUAUCUGCAAAUGUUUUAAUUUUCAUUAGUUGAAAAAGUUCCCUAUUAUAUUUAUUAAUUUUACAAUUAAAAAACUAAAUUAUUCAGCAUGCUAAAUUCUAUAUAAACAACUUUUAUUUUCACGAGGGCUAAACUUGCAUAUUUAAAAAUACAUCUUUUCAGGUCAAAGCUGCUCAUGUAUCUGAAUGUGGCCAAGAAUUGUAGUAUUUUUUUUGCACCAAGAGACCUUUUAAGUUCUUAAAAAAGACACAGGGAGAUAAUAUGUGUAGCUAAACUUAUUCAUGUAAUAUUCAUAAAAUGUAUAAUAUGGCAUUAAAAUGUCUUAAAAUGAAGUUGCAUAAUAUGCUUCUUCCCUAUCCAAAUAGGAAAAAGAUGUAGCCCUAAAGACUUUGGUUGAGUAGUAAUUCAUUCACUGCUUAUAACCUGUUAGAACCUGGUGGAAAGCUGCUUUAUUGUCAGCCUCUGCUCUAUGUGCACAAUAGUUUUUAAUGUAAGGUGCUAGACUACUGUAAGACUUUCUUGAGGAAAGGCACAAUAGCGGGAUAAAACUUUUAGACUUUGAAAGCCAAUUCUACACCCAAAGCAAUACUACUGUUGAGGCAUCAACUUCCUAGGAGACUGAAUUUUCUAGAAUAAAUUUAUUUAAGAUGAAUUUUGAAGUAAUAGUUCAAAUUUUAUACACUGCAAUACAAAAUUAAUUGGAUUGCGUAUUUCAGUCUCAGAAAUUCAAAGAAUAUACAUAUGCCAAACAUACGUUCUUAGAACUUUUAGAAUUUCUUUAUUGUAGAAUGCUAAGGAUAAUAUUAAAAGGUGUUAGGAACAGUUUUAUUUUGUCACUGUGAAAAGGGACCAUUUCAGAGAGAAACGACUGGCUGCACAUUUUAAGAGGCUUGAGUGGAACUUGAAGUGCUAUGUAGUCAGUCAUAUGAAGAAACUGGCUGUACAGUAUGCAAUGUGUAGGCAAUGACUGUGAUCUAUAAAUUUUUGGUAUGGUUUCUAAUAAACUAACCAAGCUUUAAAAUAUAUUUGCAAAAAUUCAACCUUUUUUUUUUUUAUAACAAUUAAGGAGAAGAGCUGUUGACUUCACUACUUACAUUUUCAAAUAUGUAGCCAUUGUAGAAAAAAAACCUUUAAAAGGUGAAUGAUAUUUUAAAAAUAUGAAACAUGAAGUUUUCAUGUAAAUACAAUAAAAUUAAUCUAUUAUUAAUAUAAUUAAAUUACCAGAGUAAUUACCUAAUUUACCUAAUUACCAGAGUAAUAAGGUAAAUAAAUGCUGAAUUAAGUGACCAAAUGUAAAAGAUAGAUUUCAAAGACUGUUCACCUACUUGGUACAAUAUUAAAUGUAAGUGGCAUAAUUGAUUUUUUUUCCUUUUAAAAAAUAUCAAGAUUUUUAUAUUAUACAACAUAUGUUUCAAAUUCUGUCUACUAUAUGUAACUGUAUAAGUCUAAAAACAUUUAAGUCAUAAAAAUGGACUGAUGAUGAUAGCCAAGAAAAGUAUAUAUUCAUGUAUAGUGUGUCUUUUUCAGGAGAGUUUGGUAAAUAACAGUGAAUCCAUGUACAUUAUCUUUGCACAUUCAAUGGAUUAAUAUAUUGUUUUUUAUUAUACUCUUAUGGUAGUUUUCUAAUGAACUCUUUAACACAGAAAUUUAUUUUUGAAAUCAUUUUCUGUCACUCAUUUAAAAGUAUAUUGUAGACUUAUAAUAUUUAACCUGUUUAUUGAAAUAGUCCUUUGUCUUAACUAUUCACCAAUAAAUGUCAACGUUCAUAAAU